AUGUUUAUUUCCAACAAGUCAGUAUUGAUAUAUUUCUGCGUGAUGAUGGUGAUGAUGACAAUGGUAGUGCAUGCUCUACCACUCAAUCUUAGCAAACUCCUUGGUGGAAGCAAAGAUCAAGCAGAUGUAUCUAAUGAUAAGCCGUUUCCAUCGCCAGAGAAGAACCAUCCUAUAAUAGAAUCAACGCAAGAUGGCAAUAAUGUAUCGAAUGUGAUAGAUGAUGCAUCACUAAGAAAGGAUAUCCGUCUAGUGGCUCUUAAACUGAAAGAUUUUCUGGACGCUAUACAACGACAUGAUGAUAUCAUUGAUGAUGUGCGAGAGCCCGUCCAUCAUGUUGUCGAUUUACUUCAAAAAUUACAAAAGCAAUCCAAUUUGACACAGUGGUCUGAUAACAAAGUGAUACCUGAUCUGAUAAACACCAUUCAGGUUAUUGGUGAUGCUGCGAUUGAACAGGAUGAUGAUGCUAAAAUCCAACGAUUAGUAGAUGAUCUCACUCAAAGCGUUUACACACUGGCUGCACACCUUGAUCCUCAUACUUAUAAAAAUAAUACAAUGGAUCCUACUACUUCUUCUUCUUCUUCUUCUUCUUCUUCUUCUUCUGUUCCAACUACCAUGGAUACCAAUAAUAAUGACGUAGUCGGCACUGAUCCUGCUACUUCCGUUCCAACGACAACGGAUACCAAUAAUAAUGAUGUAGUCGGUACUGAGCCUGAUCUUACUAGUUUGGAUCAAGCCGUAGAAGAUACUCAAGCACCUUAA